CCUGUGACCUCCGAACUCACGGCCGCGGGGCGGGGUGGGGCGGGGAGGCCUUAGCUCGGGGCGGGCGGCGGCUGCUGCUGCAGCGGGACCCGGGAGCGGGGGGCCCGGCGCCGCCCGGGCCGCGGGGCGAUGUGAGCCCUAGUGUAUUCCAGAGAGAUCCAGGUGACUACUCUGCAGACUGCUUGUCACGAUGCUCCACCAGCAACAGGGAGAAUAAAGUGGGAGAUCCUUCCCCAUGCCUCUCCCAUGGUCAGCUCCCCAAUGGCCUGGGUGAGGGUGAAUUGGCUGCUCUGACACCAUGGGGAGCUGCUGCAGCUGCCUGAAUAGAGACAGCGUCCCAGACAACCACCCCACCAAGUUCAAGAAUGUGUUGGGGAUGAAGCGGGGGAUAUUUGCCUUCAAGUGCUCCCGGGCCGAGGAAAUCUUUAACCUCCUUCAGGACCUGAUGCAGUGCAACAGCAUCAGUGUGAUGGAAGAGCCAGUUAUCAUCACCCGCAACAGCCACCCAGCUGAGCUCGACCUCUCCAGGGCCCCCCAGACUCCCAAUGCUCUAGGCUACACCAUUUCUAGUUUCUCCAAUGGUUUCCCUGGUUGCCCAGGAGAGGGCCCACGAUUCUCAGCUCCCCGGCGCCCCUCAACAAGCAGCCUCCGACACCCCUCGCUUGGUGAAGAGUCCACCCAUGCCCUCAUCGCUCCUGAUGAGCAGUCCCACACCUACGUCAACACCCCAGCCAGUGAGGAUGACCAUCGCCGGAGUCGGCACUGCUUGCAGCCCCUGCCCGAGGGGCGAGUGCCCUUCCCUCCACAGACCCGGGCCCCUGACCAGCGGGACCCGCAGGUGUUCUUGCAGCCGGGCCAGGUGAAGUUUGUGUUGGGCCCAACCCCUGCUCGGAGGCACAUGAUGAAGUGCCAGGGCAUGUGCCCCAGCCUGCAUGACCCAUCCCACCACAACAAUAACAACGAGGGCCCUUCGGAGUGUCCAGCCCAGCCCAAGUGCACCUAUGAGAAUGUCAGUGCGAGCCUGCGUCGAGGGGCCGAUUGGAGACUGAGCCCGGAGGAGCCAGGCUGGAAUGGCCUCGCCCACCGCCGUGCAGCCUUCCUGCACUACGAAAACCUGCCCUCCCUGCCCCCUGUGUGGGAGAGUCAAACCCAGCAGUUGGGGGAGGAAGCCGGGGAUGACGGGGACUCCAGGGAUGGGCUUACACCCUCUUCCAAUGGCUUCCCCGAUGGUGAGGAGGACGAGACCCCCCUGCAGAAGCCCACCAGCAGCCGGGCUGCCCUCCGCAGCCACAGCAGUUUCCCUGUGCCACUCACCCGCCGCCGGGGCUCCCCGAGGGUCUUCAAUUUUGAUUUCCGCCGACCAGGCCCUGAGCCCCCAAGGCAGCUCAAUUACAUCCAAGUGGAGCUGAAGGGCUGGGGUGGCGACCGCGCCAAGGGGCCCCAGAACCUCUCAGCCCCCCAAAACCCUGUGUCCACCACAUACCCUACCCGCAGCUCAGACUCCUACGCCGUGAUUGACCUCAAAAAGACUGUGGCCAUGUCCAACCUGCAGAGGGCUCUGCCCCGAGAUGAUGGCACUACCAGGAAAACCCGGCACAACAGCACCGACCUGCCUCUGUAGGGACAGCCCUCCACCGGCCACGGCCUCUGCAUCGCGCUCCAGUGCUGCUCAGAGCCCGCACACCCCAGGCUCCAGGGCUGCUUCGCUGAAGGGCAUGGAGGUGAGACCAGAUGCUUCCCCCUCGCCGGCCGGCUGGAGUCCCCAAAGAUCUCAGCCACAGAGACUCCUGGUCUCUAGGGUGGGGAGGCAGAGGGUGAGCAGGUCUGGAGGGAGUCACCACGCCAACUGUGAAGGGUCCCCGCGACGGUAUUUAGCGACCUCCCAUCAUGUCCAUUUGUCUUUGUCUGUUGUCUGUCUGCGUGUUUUUUUGGUUGAGAUUUUGAAACAUUUUGUACCUGUUGAUUUUAUUUAUCAGUUUAUUUUUCUAUUUAUUGUUUUAAAUGUAACUUAACAUAUUUAUUAUUAAUAUAAUUAUUUUUAAAUUC